GCCGCGCAUGCUUAAUGACGCCGCGGACCUGACGCAAGGCCCAUUUAAAAAGCAGACGGCGGAGUAGCAGUCGGCUCCUGUUUUCCGCCUUCGUCUUUCGGUCGGGCAGGCAGCGAGUGUCAGCGCUGCUAAGAUGGCGGACGGAGGCGGCGGCGGCGGCGGAGGAGCAGCGGCAGCCCCCGCCAAGCCCUCGGAGCUGUCCCGGUGGUGGGAUGAAAAGUUGGAUUUCUAUACUGCCUUCCUUCAGCAUUUGGCAAAAGUUAUUCCAGAUAUAUAUUCUGAUGAAAUGGAUUCCAUGCCAGAGAAAGAGGAAGAAAUAAUUCAGAUGACUAUACUUUACCCUCUGGAGUGGUAUCUGUUUGGAGAAGAUCCAGAUAUCUGUUUGGAAAAGCUAAGACAGAGUAGCACCCCUCAGCUUUGUGGGAAGGUGUUUAAAGGUGGGGAAACAACAUAUUCCUGCAGAGAGUGUGCAAUUGAUCCAACUUGUGUCCUUUGCAUGGAUUGUUUCCAGAACAGCAUUCACAAAAAUCAUCGUUACAAAAUGCACACUUCAACAGGAGGAGGAUUUUGUGACUGUGGGGAUACAGAAGCAUGGAAGACUGGGCCGUUUUGUACAAAUCAUGAACCUGGAGCCACAGUCAGUGAAGAAAAGAACUUGGAAUGCCAGUUAAAUGAAGAGCUCAUAGCGCAAGCUAGAAAAAUCUUCCCUUCAGUGAUAAAAUAUAUUGUGGAUAUGACUGUUUGGGAGGAAGAGAAGGAACUACCUCUAGAACUUAUGACCAGCAGGGAGAAGACAGACAAAUACUAUUGUGUUGUUUUCAAUGAUGAGCAUCAUUCUUACGACCAUGUUAUCUAUAGUCUACAGCGAACUCUUGGUUGUGAACUUGGAGAGGCUCAGUUGUAUACUACUGCUAUAGAUAAAGAGGGCCGAAAGGCAGUUAAAAAAGGGCCAUACAUUGUUUGCCAGGAAGCAAAGGAAGAUAUCAAGAAACAUUCGAGCAAUGUUUCCCAAGGUGCCCUGAAUGUGAAAGUUCUUCAUGCUGAUAUUAUGGCUCACCAGAAAUUUGCUUUACGUCUUGGAUCCUGGUUAAACAAACUUUUGAGUUAUUCAAGUGACUUUCGUCAGAUCUUCUGUCAAAUAUGUCUAAAAGAGGAAACCAAUUCUGAGAAACCUUGUCUUAUAAGUAGACUGAUGCUUUGGGAUGCAAAACUUUAUAAAGGGGCAAGGAAAAUCUUACAUGAAUUGAUAUUCAGCAGUUUUUUUAUGGAAAUGGAAUACAAAAAACUUUUUGCCAUGGAAUUUGUUAAGCAUUACAAAGCACUACAGAGAGAAUAUAUUGGUGAUGACCAUGAAAAGCAGAUUUCUGUGACUGCGCUUUCGGUUCAGAUGUUCACUGUUCCAACAUUGGCCCGCCACCUCAUAGAAGAGCAAAACGUAAUCAAGGUCAUAACAGAGACACUACUUGAAGAGUUACCAAAAUGUCUGGAUAGAAAUGGAAAAUUCAAUUUUCAGGGCUACAGCCAAGAGUUAUUAGGUCGAGUGUCUGCAAUUAUAUUUGAUCUCAGGUAUAUUUUAAUCAGUAAACCUACUGUUUGGACGGACAAACUAAGAGAUCAGUUUUUGGAAGGAUUCCGAUCUUUUCUGAAUAUACUUACUUACAUGCAGGGAAUGGAGGAAAUAAAGAGACAAAUUGGUCAGCACAUCGAGGUGGAUCCUGAUUGGGAAGCAGCCAUUGCCAUCCAAAUGCAGCUCAAGAAUAUUCUCUUCAUGUUUCAGGAGUGGUGUGCUUGUGAUGAAGAGCUGUUGGUGACAGCUUAUAAGGAAUGCUACGCAGCCGUAAUGAGAUGUAGUUCAAAUAACUAUUCAUGGGAUAAAACAGUGAUUCAUUUAUGUGGCCAUACUCUGGAAAGCAAGCGCUUCAAGGUGUCUGCAGAUCCUGUUAGUAUACAUCUACCAUUAUCCAGAAUGCUUGCUGGACUGCACAUACAAUUAAGCAGAACUGGAGUAAUUACCAGACUUCUAGAAUUUCUCAAAUCUGAAGAAUUCCAAGUGCAGGUGUUAAUAGAAUAUCCUUUGCGUUGUCUAGCACUGGUUGCUCAAGUUGCUGCAGAAAUGUGGCGAAGGAAUGGACUGUCUCUGAUCAGCCAGAUGUUUUAUUAUCAGGAUGUAAAAUGUAGAGAAGAAAUGUAUGAUAAAGAUAUAAUCCUCCUCCAGAUUGGGGCAGCAUAUAUGGAUCCAAACAGUUUUCUCUUGCUGGUACUGCAAAGGUAUGAGCUGCUUGAUUCCUUCAAGAGGAUUAUACCAACCAAAGACCAGGAUUUGAAUAAACAAUGCAACACUUUAAUAGAAGAGAUGCUUCAAGUUAUUAUUUACAUUGUAGGAGAAAGAUAUGUUCCAGGUCUCAGUCACGUGACAAAAGAUGAAGUUACUAUGCGAGAAAUUAUCCACUUGCUCUGUAUUGAGCCAAUGGCACACAGUGUGAUUGUGAAAUCUUUACCCAAGGAUGAAAACAACGAGACUGGUUUGGAGAAGGUGAUACACAAGGUAGCCACAUUCAAAAAACCAGGUGUAUCAAGCCAUGGAGUGUAUGAAUUAAAAGAAGAAUGUCUCAAGGAAUACAAUUUAUUCUUCUACCAUUAUACCAAGACACAACACAGCAAGGCUGAACACAUGGAAAAGAAAAGAAGGGCACAAGAAAACAAAGAUGAAGCAUUGCCACCUCCUCCGCCUCCUGAAUUUAGUGCUGCUUUUAGAAAUGUGGCAAAAAUUCUGAAUUGUGAUAUCAUGAUGCACAUUCUUAGGACUGUUUUGCAAAGAGCACUAGAGCUGGAAAGCCACUUGUGGACAGAAGCGAUGAUUCAAAUGGUUCUUCAUAUCCUGGCUUUGGGUUUAUUGGAAGAGAAACAGCAGUUAGAAAAAGUUCCAGAGGAAGAAGUGACAUUUGAUUUCUAUCACAAGGCAUCCAGGAUAGGAAGCUCUGCUUUGAAUGCAAUGAACAUACUAAUGAUUUUGGAAAAACUGAAAGGAAUUCAACAGUUGGAAUCACAAAAAGACAUGAUAAACUGGGUUCUACAGAUGUUUGAAACAGUAAAACGUCUAAGAGAGAAGUCUUACCUUCCCCCAGUAGCUGCUGCAGCUUCUAAGUUGGAAUCUACAAAAAGCAAUGAGAUGCAAAGAAUCCAGGACAAAGAGAAGGCAGAGAGGAAGAGGAAAGCAGAAGCAGCCAGACUUCAUCGGCAGAAGAUAAUGGCCCAAAUGUCUGCUUUACAGAAGAAUUUCAUUGAAACUCACAGGCUCUUAUAUGAAAAUACACAAGACACACAGGGAAGAGAUGCUAUGGAAGAGGAGAGCAGCCCACCAAUUAUAAGUUAUACCAGAAUUGCCUUGGGGCCUAAGAGAGGACCAUCUGUCAUAGAAAAAGAAGUCUUGACAUGUAUCUUAUGCCAGGAAGAACAGGAAGUGAAGCUAGAGUGUGCUGCCAUGGUUUUAUCUGCCUGUGUCCAGAAAUCCACUGCCUUAACCCAGCAUAUGGGAAAGAUGUUAGAAUUUUCAGGAGAUAAAAUAGAUCCUCUCUUCAUGAAUCCUGAUUUGUCAUGUGGAACUCAUACUGGCAGUUGCGGUCAUGUGAUGCAUGCUGCUUGCUGGCAGAAAUACUUUGAAGCCAUUCAGCUAAAUUCUCGGCAACGUCAUCAUGUUGAACAGGUCUUUGACUUAGAGAAUGGAGAAUACCUCUGCCCACUUUGCAAAUCCCUGUGCAACACUGUAAUACCGAUCAUCCCUUUGGAAUCUCAGAAGAUAAAUAGUGAGGAUGCAUUGGUGGUGGCUCAGCUUCUGUCCCUCUCAAAGUGGAUAGAGAUUGUUAUGGCCCGAAUAUCUGGUUACAACAAGAAAAGCACUGAAGAAACACAGCCAAUUGCUCCAUCUUUGCUCAAUAAAGAAAUCGAAGACACAUCAUCUGAUUUCCAUUCUAUUCUUAGCUUUGGAGUUCAGCCUUUAGUCAAGUAUUCUAAUAGUAUCAAGGAGAUGGUGGUUCUCUUUGCCUCUGCAAUUUAUAGAAUUGGAUUAAAAGUCGCUCCCAAUGAAUCUGAUCCACGUAUUCCUGUGAUGACUUGGAGCACAUGUGCUUUUACUAUCCAGUGUUUAGAGAAUCUUCUAGAAGAUGAAGACAAGCCUUUAUUUGGUUCUCUACAAAAUAGACAGCACAGUGGUCUUAAAGCACUAGUACAGUUUGCAGCUGCUCAGAGGAUCACUUUGCCACAAAGCCUAAUUCAACGACAUCUUGUACGACUCCUUGGAGUUCUUCUCCCCAGUUUAAAAGUGGAAAGCACGCCAUCCAUUCUAGAUGUAGAUCUCUUCCAUGUUUUGGUCGGUGCUGUGUUAUCAUUUCCAUCUUUGUAUUGGGAAGAUUCUGUAGAAUUGCAACCUUCGUGUAUUAGCUCUGCCUGUAAUCAUCUCUACCUCUUCCAUUUAAUCACUAUGGCACACAUAACACAAAUUAUUCUUACUACUACAACAGAGCAUCCCUCUGCUCAGAUACAGAAUGAUAGCGAAGAAGCACAAGCUGCUGAGUCGUUUUGUAAAGAAAUUUGUAGAAUUACAAAUGGUUGCUAUAGCCAAAGAGUUCCAGGCUGGUAUUUGUGGGAUUGUAUUAAGAGGGGCAUUACAUCCUAUCUUCGUUGUGCUGCUCUCUUUUUCCAUUUUUUGCUGGGAGUGCCUCCACCUGAGGAACUUUCAAUAGUUUCAGAGGAGAAUCAGUUCAGAGCACUUUGUGGCUAUUUGUCUUUACCCACCAAUCUAUUCCUGCUUUUCCAAGAUUACUGGGAUACUGUAGAGCCUUUACUCCAAAGAUGGUGUGCUAAUCCUGCUGUCCUCAGCUUUCUGAAGGGGAAAAGUACUGCAGUAAGCUACCCAAGGAAAAGAAAUAAAUUGAUAGAACUGCCAGAUGACUACAGUUGCCUUUUGAAUCAGUGCUCUCAGUUUAGAUGCCCUCGAUCGUCUGAUGAUGAAACCAAACACCCAGCCUUGUGCUUGUUCUGUGGUGCUUUGCUCUGCUCACAAAACACCUGUUGUCAGGAAAUAGUGAAUGGGGAAGAGCUGGGAGCUUGCACAUCACAUGCCAUCCACUGUGGUGCAGGAGUCUGCAUUUUUCUCAAAAUCAGAGACUGCAAAGUCGUCCUGAUAGGAGGCAAAACGAGAGGUUCUUUCUAUACAGCACCAUACCUAGAUGAAUAUGGAGAAACAGAUCCAAAUCUUGCGCGAGGCAAUCCUUUGCAUUUAUGUCAUGAGCGGUACCGGAAACUCCACCUGUUAUGGCAGCAGCACUGCAUCAUAGAAGAGAUUGCUCGAAGCCAGGAAACAAAUCAGAUCUUCUUUGGAUUUAAUUGGCAUCUGCUCUGAGUAUCAAAUUGCUACCAUCAAGUCUCCUAAUAAGUCCAGACAGAGAGUAAUAAGAUCCUUCCUUUAAGAAGGAACAAAUAGCCCAUAUCCAUGUAUUAAAAUGUAACAGUUUACUGAAGCAUGUGUGUAGACAUGUACAUUCACACGGCCUCCCAAAUGUGAUGACUGAGCAAUUGAAGCUAGAAAUGGAUGGCUUUGACACAAGUGGGACAGUUGACGAACUUCUUGGUGACUCUGCUGUUUUCACUUGAACCUGUUGCUUGUAUAACUUAUACAGAUGUUCCAAACUGCCAUCCAUCCCAUAUAGAUCCAGUCAUAAUUAAAAUGAAAUAACAGGGAAUACUCCACUUCAUGUACAUCAGCAACAGUUCAGAAUGGACAUGUGCAUCUGGAUAUAACAGCAAUAUUUAAAUAGGCUUAUUUAAUCCCUCUGUACUGUACUCUAUAUCUGUUUCUUCCUCUAGUGAAACAGCCAUAGUCUGUGACUUCAGUGGAGCUUUAACCCUCUCUACUAACCAUCUGAGGACAAAGCACUGCGAGUAAGGAGUGAGCUGAGGAGGAUUUUGGAAUUUAUUAAGAAUGCUUUGAGAAGGAACAUGUGAGUGCCAGAUCACUACUUAAAUCAAUAUGGAGCCUUAUACUUGGCUUUGAGGCAUCAAAAAUUAAUCACUCUGCUUUUGGCAUAGCCAGAUGAUCACCAUGUAACAUAUUGUUCCCUAGCACCUCAACCCAUACUUUAUAUUUAUAUAUCCCAAUAAGCAAAGCCCAGGAAUUUGUCUAUGCACUGCCAUGGGAGACUGACUGAUGUUACCUUCAGCCGCUUAGACCUUUAUUUCCAUAGAUCAGCAUAGGCCACAGUCUACGAUAGAGUCAUUUAAAUAUGCUCUCACUUUUCAGCAUCUAGUAUCAGUUAGAGACUAACAGAAGUCCCAACAGCUAAAUAAAGUUGGGAAUUAAAUGUGUGUGCAAAGGGCUUUUUGUUAAACCUUAUGUUUUGCUGCUGUGGAAAUGUCAGUGACUGCAUGUUGUCUUGUGUUCAUGCUGACUACACAAACAUGUUAUAUUUUCAAUCGCUCGUGACACUGUGUUUUUUAGGCUGGCUCCAUUUAGAAAAGGUAGCACUGAAGUGUUUUGUGUCAUUUUUCCUUUUGUAAUCAUUAUAGCCAUAAUUAUGUCAGAAGGAGGUUGUGAACAAGAAAGAGGGGAAACUCCUAAAAGGAAUAAUCCCUUAUUUCUGUCUUAAAAGUUAAGCUAUCCUGACAAUUCAUUUUUAAAUAUGUGUCUUCUAGCCUUCCUCUCAUUUUUUUCAGAAUCCCUCACUUCUAUUUCUUUUUUAAAGAUAAAGUUUGUGUGGGAGAAAAUAAAUGUUUAUUUUUAAAUUUUAAAACCAAUUGGCAAAGUAAAAAAACAACCAUGAUUUCAUAUUUACUAUAUUCACUUACAUCAGCAUACUGAGCAGGCAUUAUCACUGUGUAUAGGAUUAGUCUGAGAUAGCAUGUUACUUGUGUUUCGGUAUUUAGAUAAAAUCCAUCUAAAGUGUUUGCUUAUUUAUCCACUUAUCUUUCCCUGUACAGUGAAAAUGGCCUUCAGUGCCCUAAAACAGUGGUUCUCAACUCCCAGAAAUCCCAGCCAAUUUAUCAGCUGUUAGGAUUUCUGGGAGUUAAAGGUCGAAACAUCUGGGGACCCCAGGUUGAGAACCGUGGCCCUAAAGAAUCCCCCCAUACACCCCCCCUAAAAUGGUGAACUCCAUUUUGGAUUCAGUUACAAGAAAACAUUGUUCCAACAGCUUCCAAACAGAAAUUUCCACUGGCUACAUAAACCAGUUUUUAUAGAAACAAAGGUGAGUAAAAUGUGUUCCAGAAAUACUGUGUGUUAAACAGAUUAGCCAAUGCUGAAUCCUCAGCGUGGCUGUCUUAGCCAUAUUCAUGUCCUUGUGACACCUUUGGAUUAGAUAUCCCCUCUGAACACCCAGGGAAGAGGAUCCGUUUCUGGCUAUGUGUAUCCAGGCCCUUCUGCUUCACCUAGCAGGAUUGGAUGCUUGUACCCAACAUUCAGAUUCAUGUACAAAUUCUAUUCAUUGAGUAAAAAAGGGGAAUCUGUUCAAGACUCAAGUGUAAAUGGUUUAUGUGCUUAUGGCUAUGCUUUGGACGUUUUCUGGCAAGUAAGCGCAACAUUCAAGCACAAGAUGAAGAUGAAUUAUAAUUUUCCAUUUCAUUUCUAUGCAGUUUAACUCACUGUGAGUAUACUCUGCAUUUAGUGAAUGCACAGUGCUAAUGCCACAGAUUCAAAUUGUGAGGAAGAUGGAGUUUUAUUUACAUACAUGCAUAAAUUGGUAUCCUUUAAUUGCAAAAAUGUAAAUUUGAGCCUUGUAUGAUGUUCUCGUCCUUUUAAAAUACCUUUAUGUAUAUUUAAAAAGGAAAUAAAGUACCUUCUCGUA